UAUGAGUCGACCCUCAGCAUCAAGUGCAAGUAAUAAUAGAAGUUCAAGAUCACGUUAUGGUAAGGAAGUUAAAGAAUUGUAAGAUGCUUUGAAUUAGAAUAAAAUUGAAUCAAAAAGAGAUGCAAUUAGAAAAGUAUAAAUUGAAUUUAAAAUUUAUAGAUAAUAGAUGCAAUGACUAGAGGUAAAGAUGUAAGUAUGCUUUUUCCUGAUGUUGCUAAAAAUAUGGAAACCGCCAAUUUAGAACUUAAAAAAUUAGUCUAUUUGUACAUUAUCAAUUAUGCAAAAAUAAUGCCUGAUCUUGCUAUUAUGGCUAUAAAUAGUUUUAGAAAAGAUGCUAGAGAUAAAACUAAUCCAUUUUUAAGAGCUUUAGCUAUACGGACUAUGGGAUGUAUUAGAGUAAAAUAAAUCACAGAAUAUUUAUUGGAUCCAUUAAAAGAAUCUAUUAAAGUGAAAAAUAUUUCUUAAAAUAGGAUGAAGAUUCAUAUGUAAGAAAAACAGCAGCAAUUUGCAUUUCAAAAUUAUUUGAUGUAUCUCCAGAAUUAAUAGAAGAAUAAGGAAUUUUAAAAUUGUUAGAAAAUUUACUUAAUGAUGGUAAUGCUAUGGUUGUAGCAAAUGCUGUGUGUGCUUUAUUAAUUGUUUAAGAAUCUAAAGGAACAAUUAUGCUUUAAUUAAAUCCAUAUACUGUUUAAAAAAUAUUAACAGCUAUGAAUGAAUGUAAUGAAUGGGGUGUAAUUUAUUGUCUUGAUGCAUUGGCACUCUAUGUUCCAGAAGAUGGAAAAGAAGCAGAAGCGUAAUAUUAUUAAUAUUUAUAGAAUCUUAGAAAGAGUUAGUCCAAGAUUAAAUCAUGGCAAUCCAGGAGUUGUUUUAUCUGCUUGCAAAAUUAUGAUGAAAUUCUUAGAUUAUCUCUAAAAUCCAGAAACUAUUAGAUAAAAUGCUCUUAAAAUGACUGCUCCUUUAAUUUCAUUAUUAAGUUUAGGCAAAGAGCCUGAAAUUUAAUUUGUUGCUCUUAAAAAUAUUAAUUUAAUCAUUUAAAAGAGACCUAUUAUUAUUGAAAAAGAAAUUAAAGUAUUCUUUUGUAAUUUUAAUGAUCCUAUCUAUAUAAAAUUAUAGAAACUUGAAGUAUUAUCUAAAUUGGCAAAUUAAGAUAAUAUUUAAUAAAUUUUACAUGAAUUAAAAGAAUAUACUCAAGAAGUUGAUGUAGAAUUUGUGAGAAAAUCUGUUAGAACUAUAGGUAGAUGUGCUAUUAAAUUGGAAAAGACAGCAGAAAAAUGUGUGACAGCUUUGUGGGAAUGUCUAAAAACUAAAGUAAAUUAUGUUGUUAUGGAAUGCAUAAUUGUUAUUAGAGAUAUUUUUAGAAAGUAUCCUAGAAAAUAUGAAAUGAUUCUAAAAGAUUUGUGUGAUAAUCUUAAAAGUUUAGAGGAUCCAGAAGCUAAAGCAUCUAUGAUUUGGAUUAUUGGUGAAUAUGUUGAUACUAUUGAAAAUGCUGAUGAUUUAUUAUCUAAUUUCAGUGAAAAGUAAAUUUACAAUUUUUAUAUUUAGUUUUAAAGAUGAGCCUGCUAAUGUACAAAAUUAAAUAUUAGUUGCUGCUAUGAAAUUAUUUUUAUAAAGACCAGUUGAUGGAAAAGAAUUAAUACAUAAUUUGUUGAAGGUUGCUACUAUGGAAUGUGAGAAUCCUGAUUUAAGGGAUAGAGCAUAUAUUUAUUGGAGAAUGUUAUCCACUGAUCCAGAAUUAGCAAAAAAGGUUGUUUUUUCUGAAAGACCUACUAUUUCUGAUUCCAGUUACACACUUGAAAAUGAAUUAUUAGAUAAAUUAAUAGAGAACAUAGGAAAUCUAAGUUCUGUAUAUACAAAGAAACCAGAGAAUUUUGUUAAAAAAUUAAGAGAUGUUUUGAAUUAAAAAAUGAGUGAUAAAGCAGAAGAAGUAUAUGAUGGAGAAUAAUUAAUGGAUGGAAGACCGGAAGAUUACAGCGAUUAAUAACCUGGAACUUAAUCUAAUAUUUAUGAUGGAAAUUUUGAAACCUCAUCUUAAAUACCUUCAUAAACUAAUUAAUAAUCAUAAGUACAAUAGAUAUCAUAAUUAUCAUAAAAAAUAGAUUUAUUAGAUUUAGAUGAUGCUUAAUAAUAAUAAUAAUAAUAAUAAUAAUAAUAAUAAUAAUAAUAAUAAUAAUAAUAAUAAUAAUAAUAAUAAUAAUAAUAAUAAUAAUAAUAAUAAUAAUAAUAAUAAUAACAAUAAUAAUAAUAAUAAUUAACAUAAAGCAAUAUUAAAAUUCCUUUUUCUGAAGUACUCAAUUUCAAUACACCAGGAGCAUAAAAUAAAAUAGUAGGACUUUAGAUUGAGGCUGCAUUCUAAAAAAAUGGAGAUAAGAUUAUUCUAGAAGUUAAAUUUGCUAAUAAAACAUCAGAUAAAUAAUUUUAGGUAAUUAAAAAUUUUAAGUAGGAUUUUGGAAUUAAAUUUAAUAAUAAUCCAUUUAAAUUAUAACCUGAUUCUAUUGAAAUUUCAUGUCCUCCUAUAUCACCUGGAUAAAAUUUGAUGACAUAAAUUUUUAUAAAUACAAAUGGACCUGUUUGUUAGGAUGCUCCAUAAAUGCCUUACAAAAUAUAAGUUGCACUGAAAACUAAUUUAGAUGUGUUUUACUUUUUUAUACCUAUGUCACUUAGUGUUUUAUUUGUAUUUUUUAUUCUAAUUAUAAUAGAGUUCUAAUGGUCAAAUUACUUAGCAAAGGUUUGUUGAAUUAAGUUAAGCUUAAAAUUUUGCCAGAAAAACAGAAACCCUAUAAAUAUAAAUUGACUAUCAAAGAGUAAAAUCUAUAGAUUUAUAUUUCAUAGAUGAGAGAAAAGCUUGAAAAAAACUGUUUAUACUUAGUUGGAAUAAGAAAGGAUGAUAGAGGAGUGGAAUUACUAUCUUACUCUAUUACAUUAGUUAAUGGUAUGCCGAUUUUAAUUAAUGUCAUCCACACUCCAAAUGCAAUUAAUUUAUAAUUAUAAGCUCCUCAUCCAACAUUAAUGCCAUUAAUAUAUCAAGCAUUAGGGUUUAUUUUAACAAUAAAUUGA